AUGUUUGUUAAACUCGUCUUUGCGUUCACUUUUUUACCUGUUUUGGUUGAAUGUGGCAUUUUUGGGAAAAGAUAUCGAGUUGCUAUCAAAGCCAAGAUACGAUGUCAUGGCAAGAGGUAUGAUGACGUAGUAAGUAAGGGUUUUAUGUCAAAUAAACUUGUUUUUAAUAUGUUCUAACAGACAUUUAACUAUAUUUUGUUGUUUAUGCUGUCGAAUUUAAAUAUUUUUAAAAUAUUUGUUUGCUUUUAGAUUCUGAACUUGACCAAAUCCGAAGACUACACGGAAAUGCCAUUGCCAACAACAAUUCAGAAGCGCCAUAACAAGACAGAAAUCACGACAGAAGUGAAGGAAUCUGGUGUGUUCCAACCAAUUCUGCAUGUUAUUCAUCGCUGCGACGAUGUGAAAGACAUGGCCAAGCGAAAUAUGUGUCCAUUGGACUUUGCCAUUCGAAUACCAGAAGAAUAUGUUAUCGAGGCUUCUGAAGACAUACGAUUCUACAGUCUGACUAUUGAGCUGAACAAAAAGUCACAGUUUGAUGUGAUGAAACGGAAUUGUGAAGUUAUAUUGUAG